UCGCGGGGAUUGAUAAAAGUAUCUUUUUUUUUUUUUGUUUCGGGUUAUACAAAAGUUUUUCAUUCACGAUGUCUAUGAUUACCACUUCGACUUGGGUGCGCCGAGGCGUCGCAGCCCAGUUCCCUACCAAAUAUGAAAUCGACGAGAAUGAGAUGGGACGGAUAUCCAAGCUUGCGAAGAUGCAGCUUGAGCAGGCCCAGGGCGAUCUGAGCGCUGCCCAGGAAGGAAACGACGAGGAUGAGGGAAUGGAUGAGGACCAGAAGGAAGAUGGCCAGGAUGCCAUGGAGGAAGACAAGAAGGCAGAGAAGUCGACCAACGAUGACGACGACCUUAAAGAAUACGAUCUCGACCACUAUGACAGCGAUGAUGUCGAUGAGGAGGGCGAGAAGGUUACAAUGUUUGGAAAUGUCAAGUCGCUGGCAUACCACCAGCCCAAUGAGGAAGACCCAUACUUGGUGAUGCCGGAAGAAGAGGAGGAUGAGGAAAGAGAAGAAUUGCAGAUUCUUCCUACCGACAACCUGCUUCUGGCUGGUAAGGUGGAGGACGAGGUUGCACACCUUGAAGUCUACGUCUACGAGGAUCAUGCCGACAACCUCUACGUGCACCACGAUAUCAUGCUGCCCGCUAUUCCCCUCUGCGUGGAAUGGCUCGACAUUCCCGUUGGAAACAACACCGAGGGACGGACAAACGGUAACUUUGUCGCGGUGGGAACCAUGGAGCCCGACAUUGAGAUUUGGGAUCUGGACAUUGUUGACUGCAUGUACCCCAACGCCAUUCUGGGCCAUGGUGCAGAAGACGGAAAGAAGAAGAAGCGGUCCAAGGCUAAUGACAACUACCACGUCGACUCGAUUCUCGCUCUUUCCGCUAACCGACAGCACCGCAACCUGUUGGCUUCCGCCUCGGCCGACAGAACUGUGAAGCUUUGGGAUCUGAACACCACCAAGUGCGCCAAGUCUUACACCCACCACACCGACAAGGUCUGUUCGCUGGACUGGCACCCGAAGGAAUCAACCGUUUUGCUCAGCGGUAGCUACGACCGUACCGUGGUGGCAGCCGAUAUGAGAGCCCCUGAUGCCAAGGCCCGAUGGGGUGUUGAUGCCGACGUUGAGAACGUGCGCUGGGAUCCUCACGACCCCAACUUCUUCUACGUCACCACCGAUGCUGGUAUGGUGUACCGCUUCGAUGUGCGAAAUGUCCCCUCCACCCCGGCCGAGUCGAAGCCUCUGUGGUCUUUGCAGGCACACGACACCUCGGUGUCGUCCUUUGACAUCAACGGCAGCAUCCCUGGCUUCCUGGUCACCGGAUCCACCGACAAGCAGGUCAAGCUCUGGAACAUCCAGGAUGACAAGCCCAGCAUGGUCGUGUCGCGCAAGCUGGAAGUGGGCAAGGUCUUCUCGACCACCUUUGCACCCGAUACCGAUGUAGGCUUCCGGUUGGCUGUGGCCGGCAGCAAGGGUGUUGUUCAAAUCUGGGACACCUCCACCAACGGCGCUGUGCGUCGUGCGUUCGUGAACCGCAUGCCUGGUCUUGAGGGUGACGUCAAGGAGCGGACAGUCGGUAUCCAACCUGACGACAGCGAGUCGGAGGAUGAAGGCGGUGUGGAGACUGCAGCCCAGGGACAGGAUGGCUGGGAGUCGAUGGAUGAGGAUUAGGUGAUUUACAUGGAUGAAAUGUUGAUAUGUUAGAAAGUUUUGUUUAUGUUAGCCUUUCAAAGGUAUGGAAUGAAUGAAAACAUUGAGAUACCCCGGAUUGGGAGAUGAAGUGC